UGGCAAGGUGCGUGUCGCGGGCGAAUCCGGCCGAGCCCAGCGAGGACUCCCGAAGCUGGUCCCGCACCUGCGUCAGCGUGGGAGCGUCCAAACGACGUUCCCGGACGCCGGCUAGUCUCCUCGCGCGUGGCCCCGGCGACUGUGUGCCUCAACGGUGAGCUGCGGCUUUCUCAGUCAUCGACGCAACGUCCGCACGUAAUCUUUAACUGCUGUAGUAGCGUUCGCUGGAGCGAAGUCAGUCGACGUCCAAAAGAGCGCCUACCGCGAUCCACUGCGGCUCGAAGGCACAGAGCCCCUCGCCGACUGACAAGACUCGACCUCUUUAUAACCGCACAGGGUGACCCACAAUCGGGAAACAACCAGGAAGCAGCAGUCGGCCCCGACGACCUGACUGACACCGUUAAACCGCCACGGUAUAACAACGACGUAGAGUGCGGGCAAGGUAUCUCCGCUCAGGAUCCAGUGGCCGAGGAAGACACGUCAUACCUUGGUGCACAGCGUCGAACAAAGCUACGCGCCAAAGGCAACCAUGAACGCGUGGCAUCAGAGACCGGCGUGGACGUUUUGGUUCCGUUUGCCCUGAUGCGCAGCAUCACUGGCCGACCACGGGCCAUCCUUUCACUUGUGCCGACAUGUCUUACCACUCGUCGCGUUGGUGGGCGUACUGCCUCAUCUUCGCGUUCGCCUGCCAGGUGUUCCUUGCGCUGCCCGGUACGCCGCUGGAGUUUCAGGGUCUCCACCUGGCCCACGCGCCAGUGGGCGAGCGCAGUGAGAAGCACGAGAACAAUGGGACGUGCACCUUCCGCGGAGACCCUUACGCUGUGGACAAGUUCAUCGAGAAGGCCGCCGUGGAAUGCUACAUGUAUACCAACGGACUCCGCGAAGAGUACCAAAAAAAGGUGUGCUACAAAGUCGGCUUCCCCAAGAUCUGCUUGAACUGCACUACUGAUGCGCGACCGCCGAACGAAGAGGACUGCCACUUACCCGACAUCAAUGACGAGAACAGCCCGCUCUUCUUGGCCUUCCGCACCAAAGCCAUCGGACGUCUCUGGGCAAACUGCGUCCGUGAGGCCAUCGCCUGCUGUCAUUACAUGCUGGACACACCGCGGAGGACGGACGGAAUAUUUUGCAAUCGCACGUGGGAUGGCCUCACGUGCUACGAAGAUACCGACGUUAACAGGAACGUGUCAAAGGUCUGCCCACGGGUUCUCUACAUCUACUCGAAACCUCACUGCGAAUACUACUCGACAAGGUGGUGCCAUGAAAACGGCUCCUGGUACCGGUUGAUGAACGUUCAGCGGACCUUCUACACAAGCUGUGCCCCCAAGCCGUGGGUCAGUGGGGAGUACGUCGGCGUGUACCACUACUCCAUCGGUCUUUUCACGCUGUCGGUGUUGUCACUGAUACCGGCAUUGUUCAUCUUCAACUGGUACAAAUCAUUACAGGUACCUCGCAUUAUGAUCCACAAGCAUCUCUGCCUUGCGGUUAUGAUGUGUGGAGUUAUGUAUAUCAUCGACCAUUCGGUCUUCACGCUGGAUGACGUCAAGCCGACCAAGUACACCAAGAACCUUACUCACUCGAACACGUGGUGGUGCAAGCUGCUGUCGGUGCUCAACCGCUACUUCAUGGUGAGCCAGUACACCUGGAUGCUCUGCGAAGGCUACUACCUACACCGACUCGUGGCCCAGGCCUUCUCCAAACAGAUGAAUCUCAAAUUUUGCUACACCUUCGGCUGGGGCCUGCCAGCUCUUCUUGUCAUUAUUUACAGCAUACUUCGUGCCACGCAGUCUGACGACAGGUGCUGGCGGAACAUCGUGGUCUACGACUACGCGUUCACCGGUCCCAUACUGACUUGCCUUGCUGAAGAUUCUGCGCGCCGUGGUGAUACUGAUCCCUGUUUUCGGUGUCCACUUCGUGUUGACUACGUUUGUGAGCCCAGCAUCAUGCAGCGCUUACAUCAAGAAGCUCUACGCAGAAUGGAGCAUCGUUGGCUUGCAGGGAUUCUUCGUCUCCCUCAUAUUCUGCUACCUCAACGGCGAAAUACAGAGCCUGGUGAGACGCUCGUACAGCCGCUACAAGAACGACCGCAGCAUAAGCAGGAGGCAUCGGCCGAGCGUGCCGCAGACCACCACUACCACGACGACGGCCACAACUCCCAUGUGAAGCGCUUGAUGCAGCGCGCACAGAGAGCACCUUUGCGGCUCCUCGUGCGCUCUAUCUUGACAAACAAACAAAGGACGCUUCCAAGGCACAAAGUCUGGUAUCGUCGUAUGGACUUCCUUCGAUAUACUUCCCGGUUCUGUGUGCACCAACGCCCUGUGCCAGGAUUUCAACCACAAGUGCUUCCGCCUGGAACUGUUCCUUCUUUCGUGUGUGUGCGUGCCCUCCAUGUGCUCUGCAAGCAAUUUCGGUUAACAUUGUGGUGCAGUAUACCCCACCGCUGCCAUAAACGCUGCACAAUGGCUGUCGUAUUCCGCUUCCAACCAAUGGGGAGGAGGGCGGGGAGAAACUACUGCGCCGAAACCGUACGAUUGCUUAAAGUGCAGACAUAAAAGCCACGGGUGUGCUAUUCUGGACUGUCAAAUUCCGCCCGACGGCGUUUUGAGCCAACCAGAGAGGCCGCAGCAGCCUUGUGGGCCAAUCAGAGCUGGCAAGAUGGCGAAGUCGACAAUAUGGUGAAAUUUAAUAGUAUCCAGAAUAGCACCCGGGGUGUGGGAGAGAUAUAUUUAAUUGUGUUCCCAGUCCUAGAACCAUGGAGGAAAGAAAAAAAGCUUAGGAAUGAGCAAUAACGUCAGGCACUCAGCCUUCUCAAGGCAGCCUCCUUUGAAGUCAUUCUCUCCAUGCGUCGGUACCGCGCGGCUUGCCAACACGUGUUCUUCCCAUGGAACCUCCUUAGUAAGGUUUUCUAUAUUUAUGACGAGGCUUCAAGGUUGUCAUCACGUGACGACUCCCCCCUCCAAACAUUUCUUAUUCUUUCCUGCACGCCUAGAGCUACCGUAAGUAAGGGCAUGGGCACGUUUGCCUAAAGAGCUAUAACGGCUCAUCAGAGUUCUAGCUCGCUGUAUCCGAGCGCAGGGUAGCCAGCCGGUUCUUGCAGUGGCUAAAUACCCUGCGUGUCCUCUCUCAUUUUUCUCUCACGCAGAGAGCCGUUCUCACGCUGUGUAGAAGGAAUAUUAUAGUCUCAACGUAUCUGUGAUAUAUCAAAUUGUAGCUUGAUUAUUCGCGCUUUGAAAGAAAGCGACGCCGAACUAGGAAACCAAAUAUUGUUAACUAUUUAUCUGUGAAAUCUGUAGCAAUCGCAAAGAAAAGUACACACCAGAAGAAUCGUUCGUAGUUUUACCGAAAUCUACAGCAAUAACACAGAAAGUAAGGCUGCAUAUUGAUGGUUUCACCAUCUAUACUUUAAACAUGCUAAAACGUUCCUAACUUUAGGUGAGUAGCGAAGUUUCAUGUUGUGAUGGCCGUGCCUUGCAAUGAAGGAUGUGGCUCUACGAAGGCGACAAAGAGAUAUAUGCAUUUCUGAUCGCGCAGAAUACGUUUGACUCAACUGUUACCCUUCCGCUUUCCAUGGCUUGUACCACCUUUUAACAGGUUUUUCAAACGGCUGUAACAGAUAGUGAUGUUGCGUUUAUUCAGGUGCAUUUAUUAAAGAGGCGAAAAUUAUCUGCAUAAGAUAUCGGAAUGUGUUAGAUUAGUAAAGAUAUUUACUAAUUUACUUUUCAAUGAUCCACUUUAGGGCAUUUGGUUGAAUUUGGGAGACUGACACCGAGCUGUAGUGAAGGCCAUGUUUGCUUAGCAGAAAUCGUUAAGACUAGCCCCACUUUCGAGAUAGCCGGCCUUAAAGUGUGCUACGUAAUUCAUUGGCGUUCCUGCUAACAGUUUCCUAAACGCGUUCGUCAAUGGUGAUCUUAGCUGUAACGCCACCGUAUAUUGCCGCACACGUGGUUUUUGUCGAGGCCCACCGCAGACAUCCGUUGCGUGGUUGCAACGAAUAUUACGUCAUACUCUGACAUAGCGGCAGCUGGCCUGUCUAGGCCUGCCUGGUUCAGGCCGAACGGGUAGCCGCUCCCAACCGCCGUUCGAGGCAAGUGAAUGAUGCUGCAGACUUUCGCUACGCAUUAUCUCACCUCGGCAACAAAGUUCGGGCGUCAUAUCGGCGCUCUUCUUGAGAGUGUGUCCCUAUAUCGAUCAAUGAAAGCCUGCCCUACAGUCACGCACAGGCAGCGCGCGAUGUCACUGCAACGGAACAGUGGCGCGAUCUAUCACCGCUACGGCAAGACAAGCCGAGCGGUGACAGAUGGCGCCAUCGGUCACCGCUCGGCCGAUUUCUAUGCCGAUUUCUCUGCAUGUUGCAGAGAAAUCGGCAUCUAUUUAGCCACGCCGCCGAUAGGUGCUAGCCAUUGCCUUGGAUAGGCGUUGCUUCAAGCAGCAUACGCCAGAGUAUAUGCUCCCUUUGCUCGUGCAUCAAAGCUCGGACACGUCAAAUCGGUUUUAUAAACAUCUCGUAUGACUCGUAAACGCAUCCUACAUGCGUGAGCUUCUCGAGGAUAUACCUCACUUUAUGCUUCAAUGAUAUGGGUGGCAACCCUGCACAUCUCCGUCAGGAGUGAUGGCUGCAUCGGCGGCAAAGAAUUCGACGGAUCGCUCUUUAGGCGGCUCCUUCAGAAGCGUGUGUAUGAGUAGGACCUUCCAAACGAGCAAGAAACGCUGGGACACAAACGGCACAAUGCGCUUGUUCCAACAUUUAGUAUGAUGAGGGCCGUUCUGUGAAGCGACUCUGGAUUGCAAUACCCAAAGACAAAGCCGGACUCCUUCCUAAAGCUUAAACUUAUUUUAUGGGUAAUACACGUUUCAACGCCGUAUAUUUGCAAACCUAUCUUCAACUGCUUUCACUAUUCCUAUGGUACUCAGCGGCCACAGCUUCUGCGGUAACCUGCUUGGGUUCAGAAAUCAAACAAUUCAAAAAUCUUUAGCAGAUGUUGUGGACGGAUAUCUCGAAAGGGUGCGCUAGUUUUAUAAGAUGCCUGCUAAGCAGACAUGGCAUCGCUACUGCUCGGCUUCAAUUUCGCAAUUGGAGCAUGUGCCAUAAAGUGAAUAACUAAAGGUUUAAUUAGUGCGUGCAUAUUUUAAGUGCCUGGAUAUCGCGAUUUCUCGCACCUCUUCAAGUAGCCCGCAUCAACAGGCCGAAUUGUGUUAUAUGCCCCCUGCGAUUUUCUGAAGUUUUCUUCGAAAAGAGAAACGAUGAUCUAGAUGACAGUUCGUUUUGUCCUUUAGAAAUUUAUGCCUUACUUUUUGUGACGCUGUGUUUAUGAGAGCAGAAAACGUGGACAACCUUUCACGUGACUGAAGCAUAUGGGACCUUGCGAGAACAGGCCGAUCUGGUGAAGUGCUUUGAGUCUGUGGAAGAGUUUCCCCGCCCGGUGUCUAGCGCGUCUAAUAAAGGUUAAGGUUCCUUGUUA